AACUGCACUUAAAGUGCACGGAUAUAAAUAACAGAAGUUAGCCAUAUAAGCGUUAGCCAUUAGCUAGCAGUUAGUGUCUGCUAACAAUAAAGUCACCCAGCUAGCGCUAGUUAGCUUACACUGUGCAGUCCUAUUUUUCAGUGAAGGUUAACGUUUUGGACAAUUUCCAAUGUAUAUAUUGAGAAAACGCGUGGAACAAUUGAGGUGGCAGUGGAAAAAUAUUUACAACGUAACCGUGGCGUUAGUUACGAAGCAUUAGCUUGUAAAAACAGCCGAGGAUCUGUGAUGCUAACGCUGGGCAAAACAACGCAGCAAUAUCAAUGUCUUACUCUCUACAAGAUUUACUACCUUACUCGACAAAGGCGUUAUACAAUGCGUUGUUUAUUAGCAUCGGUUACACGUGAGGUCUGAGGUUUUACUUGGUAUUUAUACACUCACCGACCACUUUAGCGGGUACACCUUGUUAACACCGGUUUACACCUCCUUUUUGCCUUAAUGCUUCGCGGCAUUUAUUCAAAAAGCUGCUGGAAACGUUCUCCAUAUGUGUAGGUCCUUAUUGAUGUGAUAACAUCAGCUGCACAUCCGUGGUGCCACAUUCAAAGUCACUUAAAUCACUUUUAUUGUCCAUAAUGAUGCUUGUUGGUUUGAACUCCAGCAGGUCAUCUCGACUGUUGUCUUAAUUAUUUGCAUCUACUUGCUGCCACUGUUGUACCUAAUAAAGUGGCCAGUGAGUGUUUGUAAGCACAUUUUAAUGUAAACCGAUGUGUUACAUAAAGGUAUAAAGUCGACCAUAUUGUCUUUAGAAUAAUCUCAGAUGAUUGUUGGUGCCUGAAAAUGAAAACGUUGUUUGUUGCUUAAGCUUUCGUAAGAAAUACUUUGAAGACAUACCUGUCAGUCUGAGCUGGUGGUGUACCUAUCAAAUGUGGUGCUGAGACCAAUGUUUCACAAUCCUGGUCCUUAUGACCCACUGCCCUGCAUGUUUUAGAUGUUUCCUUGCUCCAACACACCUGAACCAAAUGAUCAGCUCAUCAACAAGCUUUGCAAAACACUGGUGACGAUGCAUUCAUUUGUGUUGUGCUGGGAAAACAUCUAAAACAUGCAGGGAAGGUAGUGGGUCCAGGGGAACAGAAAUUGAGAGCUACUGGCUUAGGCAACAGCUGCUGUGCUUGGUCAUUUGAGAUUCACACCUGUUAUAACAUUGUUUUCUGUACCUCAACCUCAGCACUUCUUCUACUGUACAGUAGAACGCAAUGGACCUUCACAAAAUCAUCCACAGUGCGAUGCACGAUUUCAUUCAUACGUACAUUCCUGAUGCAGAUCUCAGUGCACUGGAUGAUGUUCUUCUGUCAUAUAUCACUGGAGUCCUGGAGGAUCUUGGCUCCCCACAUAGUGUGGAGGAGAACUUCGAUGUGGAGGUUUUUGCAGAGAUGCUAGAAGCUUACAUACCCGGCUUUGCUGAAAUUGACAGUGUAAAAGUCUGUGAAAUGAUGUUCAGCCUGGCUUCAAAACUAGCCACUGCUCGGACCACAGGCAACGAAGACAGUGAUGUGCCUAAAUCAAGGACAGAUGAUCUUUCUAUGAAACAACUCGACACCCUGCCAAAUGAACAUCCAUCAGGAAGAGAAGCACCGCACAGAGAAUCACAGACAGAGGGUGCCACUGCUAAACUUCCAGAGUCUGAAUGGGAAGCCCAGGAGCAACACCUGCUGGAGAUGUUUCCCAAGUGUAGUCUGUCUGAGGCUCGUAGUGCCCUGUCUAUUGCCAAAGGAGACAUGGAGGAAGCUGUGCGCCUUAUCAUAGAGGGUGAUAUCCAACUCAGCUCCACUUCUGCUAACGUUAAUCAUGGGAAAAGUAUUUCCUCGCAGGCAGACCAGAAACUUAAAGAAAGCAUCCUUGAGAAGUACAUGCUUGUGGACAGUGAAGAGGACAAAAUAACACACCGGCCUGUCGCCCCCAAAGAUGCUCCAAAGAAGCUAGUGCGCUACCAUGGCAGCCAGGUCGUAACCACAAAAGGCGAGAGAUACCAACUUGUGAAGACAAACGAGACGGAGGACAUGAAGAAAACAUACGUCAACCUCAAGCCUGCAAGAAAGUACAGAUUCCAUUGAUGACGAGCACAGCACUGUAAGCGCAGCUACUGACAAUAUUGUUUACAUUAUUGGUCAAAUAAGCAAAUUUUAGCCUGAAUUUGUUUGUUUUUUUCUUUUCCCAAGUCACGAAACAUAUUUAUUAGACAAUGUUUGUGGCUUAUUUUAAAAAACCUACCAUUUUAUGCCUUGGUUAAAUCAUGAUAUUACAGUGUUCCAGUUGUAUCACUGUUCAUUAACUUAAAACUUUGUGUGAUAUAUGGCUGGGAUGUCGUCACAUGUGGUCUAGUUUGUCCCACGGCCUAAUUUAUCACUGUUUUGUCAUUUCAGCAGGUCUGAUGUUGCACUGACAUCUUUUUUGACUGUGUAAAAUUCAAAUUUGUAAUAGUUUUUUGCUUUCUUUUUGUAUUGUAUUGUAUUUUAACUGGGUAGAACAUGUGUAGGUUCAUAACUAUGGCACAAAGUUAUAGAGAUGAAUCUACUUUACUUUCUGUACAUACGUAUGAGUGAAGCUGUAAAAUUCCUUCUGAACAUUACAUGUCACACCAUUUUUACCAAAAGGUCCAGUGUGUAACGUUUAGGAGGCUUUAUAGCAAAUAUUGUAUAUUCUAGCCAUAUGUAUGUUUAUAUAUAGGUGUAUAAUCACUUUUAAAUAAAAAAACAAUUUGGUUUUUCCAAAGCCUUAGAACAUGUACUUGAGGUCAGGCCUUGUAAUCAUAUUUCUGCAGCAGCUGAAACUGACGAGUCAGCCACAGUGUGAUUUGCCAACUAAGAAAAAGGCAACAAGAGUAAAAAAAAGAGUGGAGAAAGUUAUGAAAGAGUGAUUUCAUCCUUUCUAGAAUGCAGGGGCCACCAUAGUUCCCUGAUGCACUUGGGAAAGGGACAGUACACUGACUGUGUGCUGAACAAAUCUUUUUCCUCUCUGCCAAUGUUCCAGAUAAAUCCACAUUGGAUAGUGAACUUGGUCCGUUGCAGCUGAGGCACAAGAGUUUAACAACGUAAGUGUAUGGGAUAAUAUGCAAAGUUAAAAACAUUUACAUUUAAAAAAAACUGAAGAGAAUUAAGCUAAAUAUGUCCCAAUGUGAAAUGACCGGAUACUAGAGCUAAACAGUUAUUUUCAAAGUGAAAUUGCAAUUUAUAUGAAUGGAAUUCACACAUAUUAAAGUUAUUUGCCCUGUAUUAGAAUGUAUUUCACGUUGUAAAUGUAUUAUAUGAAAAUGUUAAAGCUUUACUUUAAAAAUUGCAAUUCAAAUGACGACAGCAAUAUCUCUCAGAAAAACCCGAUAUUUAGUUUAGUCCUGAGCAGCUUGAGAAUAGCUUAAUGUUAGUGGGUGACACCAGUGAAUUGUUAUUAAACAAAAGGUGCUCCAACUUUCAUGGAACUCCACAACAAUGGGAAACACUACCACUAUCAAGGAUGGCAUCAUUUUCUAGGACAGCAUAUCUAAUUCUCAAGGGAUGCACAAACUCAACAUGUUAAAUUUCAAGUGCUACUGGUUGAUGUUGAUGUGUUUUUAAAUUUCCUUUGUUUUUAUUAUCGACAUUUAGAUUUGCAACAUCUCAUAUACAUUGCUGAAAUAGUCCACCAGCUCCCUUCAUCUCAUUUGUGUUGAGUUUUGCUCAUUUUUGUGACUGACUUGUUUUUUUAUUAUUGUUGUUAAUAUCAUGGUUGGCUCCUUUAUCUUUCCACCAACAUAUACAACUUAUCUAUUUUGAGCAACUGUAAGCUGUCGUUUUUGAUUGGUGGCAUAAUAUACUUUUCCUGAGUGUAGAUUUAACACAAAUGCUUCAAAGACGUGUUGUUGUUAUUGACGCUCGUCAUUAUCAGCAGCAAUGUUGUUUUUAUUUACUGUACGAUGGUAUUACUGUAGAGCAUGGAACGGAUUCACCGAAUCCAAAGAGAAACUGUACACGCACAAUUUAUAGUAAAUAAAUACAAAUUUUUUUUAGACGACCAUUAAAA